CCAACCCGGUCUGGACUUUGGGAAAGGAGUUUCGCCAGCCCGGAGACUAACCAUCAUCAAUGGUCAAAGAUUGCUACCAGGGGUGUCCCUGCCCAGUGCCUAUGGGUCGUCAAGUCCAACCCCGGGUGGACCCGUCCUGCAUUUUCUGGAGCCAUCUGCGUAGUACCUCGUAUGCAAUCGAACCAUGGGAGAAGCGCUGAGAACCAGAUUCAAAAACAUCGACUUCUCCCCCACAAGUACUGGCAGUUAUUAGGGACCUGACUUUCGUCGCGGGUUCUUGGAAUGUGUCUGUGUCGCGGUUCACUUCGCUGUGACAAUGGCAUUUUCAGCAUCACAGCUUCAAGCCUUCGAUACUGCUGAGAAGGUGGCCUCUGUCUUUUCCGUCAUCGGGGCCAUCUUUAUCAUCUUCACCUUCCUUCUUGAUCACCGGUUCCGAAAGGCUAUCAACAGACUCGUCUUCUACGCGUGCUGGGGGAAUCUUUUCUCCAAUGUCGCCACCCUCAUAUCCCGCGCGGGCAUCAGCCUAGGAGUCAACAGCGCAUUAUGUCAAUUCCAAGCAUUCUUGAUUCAAUGGUUCAUGCCGGCUGAUGCCUUGUGGACUUUCGCCAUGGCUUGCAAUGUCUAUCUGUCCUUCUUCCACCGCUAUGACGCUACGAGACUACGGACACUAGAAUGGAGAUACCUCGUUGCGUGUUAUGGUGUUCCGUUCCUCCCGGCACUCGUGUUUCUGUUCAUCGACACACCUGACAAGGGCAAAAUUUAUGGAGACGCUGUGCUGUGGUGCUGGGUAUCAGAGGACUGGAAUGCCCUUCGAAUUGCGACCUUCUAUGGUCCCGUGUGGCUCGUCAUCCUCAUCACCAUGUUCGUCUACAUCAAGGUCGGUUUGGUCGUGUUUCGGUGGCGAAAGAAGCUUUUGUCGUCUGGAAAUCACAGCAGCAAUCAAGUUGCAGCAGGCAAACACGAAACAUUGCAGCGUGAAUACUCGAUGCGAGACAUGCCUCAGCAGAGAUAUGGAGUCACUAUUCACAGUCAAGUACCGCACACACCUGACCACAAGAGGGGGUUGAGUUCACCACGGAACACGUACAUGGAAGAUCGGAUCACAAGUCCUACUUCGAUGACGAGCCCGACCCAUAUGGGGUUCCCAUCCGGUGAUGAUAACUUCCCGGAGAGGCAGACCAGAGUUGUCGUCGAGAGGCCCAACAUCCAGGUCGUGGACGCGAAUAAAGCGGCUUUGAGUUACUGCAAGACGGCGAUGUUGUUCUUCGUUGCCUUGAUUGUUGUUUGGGUUCCUUCCACCAUCAACAGAGUCUACACUCUCGUAAGCCCGAAUAACCCUCAGUUCGGCUUGGAGUUCGCAUCCGGUCUCGUGCUUCCUCUCCAAGGGUGUUGGAACACAGUGAUAUACAUUGUCACCAGCUUACCCGCUUGCAGGGCCUUGUGGGCGGAUCUGAUGGGAGGGGUGCGUAGUUCCGGUGUACACAUGCAUUCUUCGUCCCUGACGCUACCGAGGAGCACGCAUCAGACGCUCCCCUCGACUGAUCAGAGGGCGGAUAUCAUGGUGACUUACGAGGGGAAGAACAGGAUUGUGCAUCACUCGAGAAGGGCGUCCAGGGACCACAGCACGAGUGGAAUUAUAGGUCAUGCUGGCCAGAUGAGUUGAACGACGUACGAGGAGAAAGGCAUUACUCGGUUGCCUUGUAUAUUAUAAUAUGUACCAUAGCAUGAUGUCAGAGUGACCCAGACUAGCACGAGACAUUGGAAUCCUCGAGUGCGAGUCCAUGUGAGUAAUGAGGAUUAUCUGCAGCACAUUCAAUGUGGAAAUGUCGCAGCCGCCGAUGCCAGUAUUGUCUGUCCCAGCUGGCGUUGUAUGGAAGGCAUUGUUGUCAUGUU